UAUCAAUAGACUAAAAUUAUGAAGGUGAAAGCCGAUAGUUUUGAGUCUAAUACUAAAAUUAGUGUAAUUUUACGUAUGGCCUUGAUCGAGUCUCUAAAAAUGGAAUUCACGUCAUCACCACCAUUUCUGUCCUCGCUACAACUGGUUGUUUUGUUAUUAGUUGUAGGAGCCAAGUCUGGAGCCAGAGAAAUUUGUGCUGUUGAAUUCUAUCCAACCAUAGCAAAGAAAAAUCAAAAAAUAAGGAAAAUUUUGAAGAAAGAAAGAAGGAAGAGGGAGAAAACAAAAUAUCAGAGAGUAAGAAAAAGCCAGUCAUUGGUACCGACCUCGCUUUUUUCUUUCCCAUCGAUCUAACAGGACAAAGCCUUCAUUUUUUUUUUCGAAAUCUGCAAAAUACCCAUUUCAUAAAACCAUCAAGGUACCCAAUGCAGUCUUGAAAAAGCAAAACAAAAUAACAUAUUUAUGUUUUUGUUUUUGCGGUGUUUGAUUCCCUCCAAAAUUUCCAUUUCUGUUUUUGCUGCAAAAAAUGUUGCUUUUCUCCUAAAGACCAACAAUACCAAAGACAGAAUGGGAGAGGGAGAAUAGGCAUAAGAGAAAAGAAAAUGCAGGAGACGUAGGAAGAUUUGGUCUUUGUAGGGAGGGAGUUGGAGAGAGAAUGAACAAAGAGAUCGUAGGUUUUGUCAAGGGUUGGGAAGCAACAGUAAGAAAAUCACAAGCUGCAAUAAAGAAAAGAUCCAACUCCAUCUUUUGCGCCAUGAUGUCAGCAGCAGUAGCUCAUGCAGAUGAUGAUGAUCCUUCUUGCCCUGAUACUAUCCGCCAUGUAGAGAAAGUUCUACCCAAUGGUGAUUUCUACACUGGACAAUGGCUUGAGAACCUCCCUCAUGGGCAGGGCAAAUACCUCUGGACAGAUGGAUGUAUGUAUCUUGGUGAAUGGUACAAAGGGAAGACAAUGGGAAAAGGUAAAUUUAGUUGGCCUUCUGGUGCUACCUAUGAGGGUGAUUUCAAGAGUGGUUAUAUGGAUGGUAAAGGGACUUACACAGGAUCUUCAGGUGAUACUUAUAGGGGUUCUUGGGUUAUGAAUUUAAGACAUGGACAUGGCAUCAAGAGUUAUGCUACUGGAGAUUACUAUGAUGGUGAGUGGAGAAGAGGUUUGCAAGAUGGGCAUGGAAGGUAUCAAUGGAAGAAUGCUAAUCAUUAUAUCGGUCAAUGGAGGAAUGGUAUAAUGAAUGGUAAUGGAACUAUGAUUUGGAAUAAUGGGAAUAGAUAUGAUGGGUUUUGGGAAGAUGGGCUGCCUAAAGGAAAUGGUACUUUUAGAUGGGCAGAUGGGAGUUUCUAUGUGGGGGUUUGGAGUAAAGAUCCUAAAGAGCAAAGUGGGACUUAUUAUCCAUCUGGGUCUCAUUCAGGCAAUCUGGAUUGGGAUCCACAAGAGGUGUUUUUGGAGGACUUGAGGGAUUGUCAGAUUUCUGCUUGUGAAAAAGUUGUAAUUUUUCCUUCACAAAAAAUGUUGAACAUGCCUGGGGUUGAUCAAGCAGGGAGUGUUAGAGGUGUUAAAGGGAAUGGUGAUGACGGAAAGCCUAGGCGGAUGUCCAUAGAUGGGAGGUUGAGUAACUACAGUCUAGCUUCAACGGAAAAUAGUGAUGCUUUUGGUGGUGGUGGUGGUGGUGGAGAUGGAGACUGGAGGGAUGGAGAUGAAGGGUUUAGUCAAUACGAUGAUUUAGAUUCAAGAAUUCAUAGAUUGAAUAUACCGCCUGUAAAGAAGCAAGGAGAGACUAUAUCUAAAGGGCAUAAGAACUAUGAGCUUAUGCUUAAUCUGCAGUUAGGAAUCAGACAUUCAGUGGGACGACCUGCUCCAGCUAUAAAUCUUGAUCUGAAGCCUCCAGCUUUUGAUCCUAAGGAAAAAGUUUGGACUAAAUUUCCGCCAGAAGGAUCUAAGUAUACUCCACCUCACCAGUCUAGUGAAUUCAAAUGGAAGGAUUACUGUCCUGUUGUUUUCAGGACUCUCAGGAAAUUGUUCAAUGUGGAUGCAGCUGAUUACAUGCUAUCAAUAUGUGGGAAUGAUGCUCUUAGGGAGCUUUCAUCCCCAGGAAAGAGUGGAAGCUUCUUUUACUUAACAAAUGACGAUCGCUACAUGAUCAAGACAAUGAAGAAGGCCGAAGUAAAAGUUCUCUUGAGGAUGCUGCCAGCUUACUACAAUCAUGUUCGGUCAUUUGAAAACACGUUAGUGACCAAAUUUUAUGGUCUUCAUUGUGUGAAAUUAGCCGGUCCGAAUCAGAAGAAGGUGCGAUUUGUCAUCAUGGGGAAUCUGUUCUGUGCUGAGUAUGCAAUUCACAGGCGUUUUGACUUGAAAGGUUCUUCCCAUGGUCGCACAACUGCUAAACCUGAAUCAGAAAUUGAUCCAACAACAACCCUCAAGGAUCUUGAUCUCAAUUACAUAUUUCGAUUACAGAAAGUUUAUUUUCAAGAGUUUUGCCGGCAAGUGGACAGAGAUUGUGACUUCCUUGAACAAGAGAGAAUCAUGGAUUACAGUCUUUUGGUUGGUGUUCACUUUCGAGAGGCUUCAUACAAGGAUGCCAUGACACCACCUCGUACAUCUGGUGUUAGGACUCCUUCUGGCCAUCGCACUCCAACUGGACUUCUCACUCCCACCGGACUUAGAACUCCUACCGGUUAUUUCUUGUUAUCUUAUUUCCUCCUGUUUGCAAAUUCAGAAUCAAUAACUGAUGAUCUUUUUAUCCUUUUCUUAGCAGCUGGAAAUGCAGAGCCUGAUAAUGAAGUAGGAGCACCACGCCUUUCUCGAGCAGACAUGGAUAAAAUUAUCUUUGAUCCUGCUAGGUGGGCUUCCAUAAAACUAGGCAUAAACAUGCCAGCACGAGCUGAAAAGACUGUCAGAAAAGGUGACCCCGAAACUCAGUUGAUUGGAGAACCAACGGGAGACUUAUAUGAGAUCAUUAUAUUUUUUGGUAUAAUAGACAUACUACAGGACUAUGAUAUUAGCAAAAAGCUUGAGCAUGCAUACAAAUCAAUGCAAUAUGACCCAACUUCAAUAUCUGCUGUCGAUCCAAAGCAAUAUUCAAGACGUUUUCGAGAUUUCGUUCUCCGAGCAUUUGUAGAAGACACUUGAAGGUAUGAAUUGACCAAAAUCUUCCAACUUGCAAGGUGUGACCAUCUGUGUAUAGACAGCCUUUUAUUUCUGGGAUGAAAGUUUUUGCAGGCAAGAGGUUACUAUUGUAACCUUCUUCUGGAAUGGUUAUGGCUGCCAAGAAUAUGCUUUUCUUGUCCAGCAUAGCAGUUUUUACCCCUCACCACCAUCAUCUCUGUUAAUUUACACUUACAAAAUAUGAUAUAUUCUAGGAAAGGUACAGAUUAGCAUUGUAACCAAAGUUACUUGAGCUUGUUUCAGCUGUAAAUGAGUUAAUCGGGUGGAGGAAUCUAUUGAAUUUUAUUCUUUUGUACCAA